CUUUUCCCCCCUUUCCAGUCCGGACACUUUCCCCCCCUUCCAGUCCGGACACUUUCCCCCCUUCCUGUCCGGACACUUUCACCCCCUUCCAGUCCGGACACUUUCCCCCCCUUCCAGUCCGGACACUUUCACCCCCUUCCAGUCCGGACACUUUUCCCCCCUUCCAGUCCGGACACUUUCACCCCCUUCCAGUCCGGACACUUUCCCCCUUCCAGUCCGGACACUUUCCCCCCCUUCCAGUCCGGACACUUUUCCACCCCCUUCCAGUCCGGACACUUUCCCCCCCCUUCCAGUCCGGACACUUUCCCCCCUUCCAGUCCGGACACUUUCCCCCCCUUCCAGUCCGGACACUUUCCCCCCUUUCCAGUC